GGUCACACAAGGGCGGAACUAGUUUAUUUCAGAGUUGAUCAUUUACUGUCUAUGUUUGCAAGCCAGUGCUGACUGGAAGCUCACAGGAGCCCGUACGUCUUUAAUAUGGACGGUAUCAUUUUGUUUUUUAUACUUUUGCUUCCACUAGCUGAAUCAAAAGGCUCUCAUUCUUUGUGGGUGCUUGCAACGUACAUUAAAGGACAAACGCCAUUUCCUGAAUUUAGCUAUGUAGGGAUGCUGGAUGAUGUCAUAAUUAUGUAUUAUAAUGGUGAGACGAAAACACUCCAUCCAAGAGGAAAUACAACAGCUGAAGACGAUGUGUUUGAUUCAGAUGAUCUCCUCACAAUAAGUGACUACAUGCAGUCAUCUUUUAUUAACAAAUGGGCAGUCGCAACAACAAAUGUAAACAAAAAUGAAGGUAAUAUUCCCCUUCAGAGACUAGUCGUGUGUGAGCUGAGGGACAAUGGUGAACCGGGACGAAUGAUCACACGGGAUGCUGUCGGAGGAUCCACCACUGAUGAGCUGCUAUAUGUUGACAAGAAUUUUACAUAUCAGGGAACUUUAAAUGUCUCAGCUCCAGUGCUGAAUAUGCAUCUUCAAUUCAGCAUGAGACGUCAUGAAGUUUUAUACCAACCAUUCUGCAUCAAAACACUCAAGGGUUACCUUAAAAAAAGGAGGACUCAAAUCAAUAGAAAAGUGAAACCCAAGGUCAGGCUCCUCCAGAGAGAACUGUCUUCUGGGUUUCGUGUGAGUUGUUUGGCAUCAGGAUUUUACCCUCGUCACAUCAACCUGACCCUGUUCAGAGAUGGACAGCCUGUAUCUGAUCGUGAGAUCACUGGAGGAGAUCUGCUGCCCAAUGCUGACGGGACGUACCAGAUGAGGAAGAGUCUGGAGAUCAGUGCUGCAGACGAACACAAAUACACCUGCUCUGUCACACACCUCACUCUGGACAUCACUUUGGAGUUUGAUCACACGAAACCAUUUAAAUCAGUGAUUGCUUCAGUUCUGACGGUUUUGGCUCUGAUGUUGGUAAUUGGAGCUGCAGUUGCAUGGAGAAGACGACAUGCAGAUUCAAUUAAAAAUGGAUAUUCUACUACUGCUAAAGAAAAAUGCACGGAUACAAAUUCUGAAUUGAUGUGAAUCCCAGGACACAAAGUGACAAUAUGUAAAUGUAUUUGACCUACACAAUUUCCACUAUAGGGGCUGCUGUGUGUGUGCACAUGGAUGGGCUAAAUGCAGAGCACCUAUACAGAGUAUGGGUUACCAUACUUUGCAAAUGUCACGACUUUCACUUUAUAAUUCACAGUUUGAGCCCUUAGGAGGCUCAAGAUAACAAUUCUAUUUCUGUGUCAGCCACUGUCAUACAACUGUUUGAUUGUUACAUUGUCAUACCUUUCAAUUCCUUGACCUAAAAGAGAAUUGUAAAUAUCUACCUAUUUCAUGUUUGUAUUGGAAUAUAAAAAGUGUUAUAUUUACAUUUAUAUUUACAUUUUCGUUACAUUUUACAAGUGUUAUGCUUCUAUUGUUUGUAGUGAGUUUAUUUUUUGGUUAUUUAGACUGAACUACAGCUAUGUAAUCUGUCUGAACAAUGUAUGUAGUGACAUCUGGUGUAAUGAGCAUUUGCAUUACCCAGUUAAAAGACCCAGAAUAAACCUUUUGUUCACAAUCCUGGAAAAUAAA